AUGCCCCCCGCGCCCCCCUCCACGCUCGGCACAAAAUGGCACACCACAAACACCUGCUACUACCCGUCUAAGUACCUUCCCACCUCCUUCACCUGCGAGACGUCCGCCGCGUCGCCGCUGACGGCGGACGUGCUGGCGGCGAUGGACGACCUGCUGGCGAGGAAGGGCGAGUUCUGGUGCGAGCAGGAGAACCCGGGCGGGAGCCGGUGUACGCAGGUGGCGAGGGGGGUCGCGAUAUGUGGGGCGCUGGGGAGUCGCAUGCAGUGUAAGGUGUUGGUGGGCGUGGUAAGGGGGUUGGUGGAGUGGUGUCCCGGGGAUAGGGUGGGGGGUGUGGUGGAGGUGGGGAUGGAGGAGGUGGCGGGGGUGGUGAGGGUUGUGGGGAGGAGGGUGGUGGUUUAUUAG